UUUUAAAUAGCCAAAGAAUGUUCAAUACACUAAAGAAUAGUUUAUUUUUAUUCGUUGUGAAGUAAAAUAUACACCCACACCUUUGAUUUCUGUAAAUGAAAGUUUAAAGUUUAGAGGAUAAAGAUGGAUUGUUGUGCAUCAAUUGCAAGAGCUUUGUUGAUUUUCUUCAACUUCAUUUUCUGGAUAUGUGGAGGUGCCAUAUUGGGAGUUGGAAUCUGGUUCCUAGUUGACAAAGACAUCAGUAGCAGAAUUGAAAUAGUCCAGAUUGAUAGCGGGGAUGACUAUUUCAAAUAUGCUGCCUACCUGUUCAUUGCUUUCGGAGCAUUUGUGUUCAUUGUUGGAUUUGCUGGUAUGUGUGGAGCCAUCAGAGCUAGCAAAUGUCUCCUUGGAUUUUACAUUUUCUUUGUAUUGCUGGUUAUUUUCGCUGAGAUUGGUGCAGCAGUUCUUCUGAUCCUGUAUCGCAUGGAGGUAGAGGACAAUAUUGUUAAGCUGUUACAGGAAAAUAUAAAGAAGAGGUAUGGUGAAGAGACUGUAAGGACAGGAUGGGACUUGGCUCAGUUGGAGUUUGAGUGUUGUGGAGCAGUCAAUUCUAUGGAUUACAAUGAGACAACUUACAAAUUCCCAAAUGCAGGCCAGACUUUUCCUAAUACUUGUUGUAAAUUGUCAAACAGGGAUGCUGCUUUAGAUGACCCAUCAAAGGCUACACCUAGCAAUUCAGCUCUAUGCUACGCUCGUGACAAUAGCGAAAUUAAUACGAAAGGAUGUAAGGACAGUUUGAAGGAUUGGGCCCUGAAACACAGUACAAUUAUCAUUGGCGUUGGUAUUGGUAUUGCUGUUCUUGAGAUCUUCAGCAUUGUUUGGGCCUGCUGCUUCUGUAGAAACAUCGGAAAAGACGACUAAAUCUAAAGACAGAUUCCCCACCUUAAAACUUACAGACAUAGAGUUUUAUUUUUUUGUAUAUGAUUUACAAAGUCAACUUAUUUUUCUGUAGUCACAUCUUUCUCUUUAAGUUGAGAUAAGAAUAUUUUAUUUUUUAUAGUAAAUCAAGAAAUAAGGUAUAGUUUUAGAACUAAGGUUAUUUUGAAUCAUGUGUCCUGAAGUCUGUAUUAUCUGUUGUGUGACACAUAUUGAUAUCUACCCCAGUUAACUUCAUUGUUUAUAUUGAAAAAGAAUGUGUGUUUUGUUAAUCAACCAACAUCACACACUGGUAAAUUUCUAUUACCUUGAAACAAGUCAAUUAUGUCUUUUUUUUCGAAAGACAUUUAUGGUUUGGUAUUGAUUUUAAAUGCAUUUCAUUAUCAAGUUUCAUUCAUUUUACAUGUCCUUUUCUUCAUUCAUCAUAUUGAUUUUAAAACUUCAUUUAAGUAGCUGGGUGAUGUCAAACAUUUGAGUUAAUUGGUAAGCUAUAUGUUGACCAAUGCCAUGAAACAAUUUGACCAUUGAGAUCUGACUUUAUUUACAGGGUGCUGAUAUCAUUGAUAACCUUAGUUCUAUAAGUAUUGUCUUAAAAUUAACCUUCAUAUAAUAUUUAUAUUUACAGUUGAACGAGAUGUUUUAUUUUUAUGUAUUCAAUGUUUUUAUUGGUUACAGGAAACAAAUUUUACCUAAAAGUACCAUGACAUUGCUAUAUGAUUUUAUGUGUAUUUUUGAUUAACUUAUUCUAAGUAAUUAUGCAGUCGAAUAUUUUUUAGGAUUUCUUUUUUUUUUUUUAAGUCUGCAUGAAAUGAAUCUCUUAAUAAAAGCUGAAAGAGCAAAUUCUGAUGUUUUUAUACGACCGCAAAAAAAUUUUUGUGGUCGUAUAUUGGUAUGACGUUGGCGUCGUCGUCUGGCGUCGUCCGAAGACACAUUGGUUUUCGCACUCUAACUUUAGUUUAAGUGAAUGGAUCUCUAUGAAAUUUUACCACAAGGUUCAAUACCACAAAAGGAAGGUUGGGAUUGAUUUUGGGGGUUAUGGUACCAACAGUAAAGGAAUUAGGGGCCAAAAAAGGGGCAAAAAACAAGCAUUUUUCUAGUUUCAGCACAAUAACUUGUGUGUAAGUGUAUGGAUCUCUCUGAAAUUGUACUGCAAGAUACCAUACCACAAAGGGAAGGCUGGGAUUGAGUUUGGGGUGAUGAAUCAUAAGGGGGUUCAAAAAAUU